AAUUAGGCACUAAAUAUUUGACAUAGUUUCAGAAUUAGUGCUUUCAACUUUCCGCUAACUUCACGGACCCGAAGUUUUGUGAUAUCCUAUUCCCUUCCUGCAAAAGAAAAGAGAAAACAUCUGCUUUUUUUAACUUUAUCCUUUAGACACUUGGAAUGGCCAGGUGUCAUAUAUGUUCGAAACAGACUUCCUCUACUCGCGAUUUGGGAUGCUCUAGGUGUAAAAACUCCUUCCACCUGGAUUGUCUCAACUUAUCGCCUGAAGAAUUGACCUUGGUUGGCGCGGGUUGGGUGUGCAGUUACUGUAAAAAGGAGGGACGAUCUCUUCGUAGUAAACCAUCCUCCUCGACGACGCAGAUCGAUUCUCAACAGUUUGCGUCGGCUUCUUUGAGCUCUGAUCAAUUUGCUUUGCUUAUGGGGAAGCUGAAUGAGAUAUAUGAUGAUAUUUCCAUCAUUAAGACUAAUCAACAAGUGCUUCAGAUUGAUCUUUCUGAGUGUAAAUCUAAAUUAGAGAAGCACUCGUCUGAGAUACUUCGCCACAGCGAUACUUUGGCCACCCAUUCUCAAACUAUUGAUCGAUAUGAUUUGGAUAUUGCCUGCUGUUCCUCCAGGUUUGAUCUCCUGGCUGAGGGUCACAGAUUCGUCUGUAGUUACUGGGAUUCUUGAUUAUGUCGCUCCUGAUGCGAACUCGUAAAGAAUUUCAGUUUCAAGAAUUGGCGCCCCUUCUACCGAUCGUCAUAAAAUUUAAAGGUUUCAUUCACUAACCCAAUGAUUGUUUCCAGAAUUCUGAGGAAUAGAACAAUGAUCAGGAAUAAACCUGACUGGAAGAAUUUCCGCAUCUCGGACGAUAAGACACCCAUGCCAAUCAAGGAACUGAGCAAGUUACGUGAAGAGCUCAAGCGCAGGAUAAAUGCAGGAGAAUCUGAAAUCGACAUAAAAUAUCUAUCUGGUGCUCCUAUUAUCGCUAAAAGGACAGAAAAUAAACAGCCAAAAAUUAAAUGAGCCUUGGGAGAGGUCCAUCGU